GCCCGUCCGCGGGGUGCAGUCUUGUUAAAAAACAUCUGUAACUCCAGGAUACUUUUUCGGCCAAAAAUUGCCCAAGAAAAAGGUCAUUCUUAGUACAGUCAGCCUGUAGUGUUGGGUGACACAGUGUGAUGAGGACUCAAAAACCCAAUCUACUGGGUGGUAAUUUGCUAUCAAGAUAUUGCAAAUGAAUGUGUGGGAUAGCUGGAAGGUGUUUGACUUGAACAGCCUGUUAUAUAGCAGUAAUGAACACAUUCCACUCAGUGGGGAGAUGUGAUUGAUAACAAUGUAGAUUGGCAACAAGCAUUUUGCUAUGUGAUAGUGUGUCCUUGAAAGUCUGCAUCAAGGAGUGAAAGCUUUUCCUGGUUUUCAUGCCAGAAGUCCAUGCUCAGAAUGAUGCAUAUCAUGAAGGAAAGCAUGCAAUAUUCUUGCUGAUAUUUCAUUACUACACUGACCACAAGAGCACUCCACCCAGCCACGUCAUGGAUUUACUGCCAAUGCUCGAAAACAGCAUCUGGCAUGCUUUCACCAGUCUGGACAGUGAUCAGCAUGGAAACGUGACCAAGUCAAGGCUGAAGGUGCUGACACAGAACCUGGGCACGCUGCUGGACCUCGCCGACCAGAAGGUGGAGGCAGGCAUCAGCGAGUUUCGCAGCACGCCGACGCUGACGUUCGAGCACUACAAGUACUACUUGACACACGAGGUGUUCUCGCGGCUGCCGGCCGACCUGACGCCGGACCAGCUGCGCGUCUACCACGAGGCCGUCGAGGACACGUGCUGGGUGUUGUACCGCCCGACGGCCAUGAAGCGCGACAUGCCCACGCUUGCCCGAGGAAUGCGUGCGCCAGCUGUUCCGCGUCUUUUGCUGUCUUGGUGA